AUGGCCGACGGAAUCGAUCGAAAUGCGGAUGACAAGAUGGAGUUUUCCACCUCCAAAGAGGUUACUGUGGCGCCCACAUUCGAGGCCAUGCACCUGAAAGAGAACCUUUUGCGCGGAAUCUACGCCUACGGUUACGAAUCGCCCUCUGCUGUACAGUCGCGUGCGAUUGUGCAGGUCUGCAAAGGUCGCGACACCAUUGCGCAGGCCCAAUCCGGAACGGGAAAGACUGCGACCUUCUCCAUCUCCAUCCUGCAAGUCAUCGACACGGCUGUACGCGAGACACAAGGUAGGAUAUCACCGGUCCCACAAAGAGCAGAGCGACCACUGAUCGAUUGUAGCACUUGUUCUCUCACCCACCCGUGA